AUGGAUGGGCACGGCGAGCGGAGCUCCCCACAGGGAACAGCGAGUGACACGGACGCGCUCUUGGCUCUGCUGGCGCACAGCGAGGAGUCACGGGGAGAGAUCCCUGUGUGCGCGGGCUGCAAUCAACACAUCGUUGACCGCUUCAUCCUCAAAGUGCUGGAUCGCCACUGGCACAGCAAGUGCCUGAAAUGCAACGACUGCCAGGCUCCGCUGGCGGACAAGUGCUUCAGCCGAGGCGACAGCGUCUACUGCAAAGAGGACUUUUUUAAGAGAUUUGGGACCAAAUGCGCCGCGUGUCAGCAGGGAAUCCCGCCCACACAGGUGGUGAGGAGAGCGCAGGACUUCGUCUACCACCUGCACUGUUUCGCCUGCAUUGUGUGCAAAAGGCAGCUGGCAACGGGGGACGAGUACUACCUGAUGGAGGAUAGCAGGCUGGUGUGCAAGGCUGACUACGAGACGGCCAAGCAGAGAGAGGCGGACUCGACUGCAAAAAGACCACGCACCACCAUCACGGCCAAACAGCUGGAGACCCUAAAGAAUGCGUACAACAACUCCCCCAAGCCCGCUCGCCACGUCAGGGAGCAGCUGUCGUCGGAGACGGGGCUGGACAUGCGGGUCGUGCAGGUGUGGUUUCAGAACAGGCGUGCUAAAGAGAAGAGGCUAAAGAAAGACGCUGGAAGACAACGGUGGGGACAGUACUUUAGAAACAUGAAGAGGUCACGAGGCGGCUCCAAAUCAGACAAGGACAGCAUCCAGGAGGAGGGCAUGGACAGUGAUGCUGAGGUCUCUUUUACAGAUGAACCACCUGUGUCAGAGCUUGGCCACACCAAUGGCCUCUAUAGUGGGCUUAAUGAGUCCUCUCCAGCUAUUGGGGGCCGCCAGGGGUCAAACAGCCAUGGCCCCUUCCCACUGGAGCACAGCGUCCUCUCCUCUCAAGACCAGUUUCAUGACAUCCGCUCCAACAGCCCCUAUGGCCUUCCUCAGUCCCCGGGAUCUCUGCAGGCGCUGCCACGGCACCAGCCUCUCAUUUCCAGCCUGGUCUACCCUGAUUCUGGCCUCUCCAUCAUGACGCAGGGCAGUGGUCCUGGGAUUACUCCUGCCAUGAGAGUCUCCAUGGGGGGAGCCAAUGGCCCCAGCUCGGACCUCUCCACUGGGAGCAGUGGGGGCUACCCAGACUUCCCAGCUAGUCCUGCUUCCUGGUUGGAUGAUGUAGACCAUGGGCAGUUUUGA